AUGAAAGCCGCAGUUUUCACUCCACUCGCACUUCUUUCCGCCCUCCCCAGCACCUUAGCUUGGGGCACUUUAGGUCACACGACAGUUGCUUAUAUCGCCUCCAACUUCGUACAGCCUGAGACUCGGGAUUUCUUCCAGAACAUACUGCAUAAUACCUCAGAUGCAUAUCUAGCGGGUGUUGCGACCUGGGCUGACUCAUUUCGGUAUACUGCUGCUGGGAGGUUCUCAGGCCCCUUCCAUUUCAUCGAUGCCGAGGAUAGUCCGCCCACCAGCUGUGGCGUGAAGUAUGCAAGGGACUGCGGGGAGCAGGGAUGUGUGGUUGGGGCUAUUCAGAAUUAUACCAGACAACUGCUUAAUCCCAACUUGAAUGGGGGACUUAGAAAUAUGGCUGCUAAGUUCGUAGUUCAUCACAUUCGGCUAACACCUCCAACGCUCCUUGGGGAUAUCCAUCAACCACUUCAUGUCGAGAAUGUACAGAAGGGUGGCAACGGCAUCCAGGUACUAUUCAACGGAGCUCACGUAAACCUCCACCACGUCUGGGACACCAGCAUCGCGGAAAGACUGGUCGGUGGCUAUGGCCUUCCUCUCGCCCAAGAAUGGGCCAAGAAUCUCUCGCUCGCCAUCACAGAAAAUGAAUACAGAUCUCUAGCAUCUUCAUGGCUAGAUGGUAUUGACUUAGCUGAUCCGGUGACGACUUCGCUUGCUUGGGCAGAGGAGACGAAUAAGUUUGUGUGCACGGCAGUCUUGCCGGCUGGUACUGAAGGCGUUCAGGAUAAGGAGUUGAACGGUACAUAUUAUGAGAUUGCGGCGCCGAUUGUGAAAAUGCAGGUCGCGAAGGCUGGAUACAGACUGGCGAAGUGGUUGGACCUUAUUGCGCAAGGACAGAUUGAAAAGCCAGAGUUGUGA